UCCCCUCUUACCAAAAAUCUCUACCCACCCACCCACACACCCCAAAACCAAAUCCACAUCUAGAGAGAGAGAGAAAGAGAGAGAAACAGCCAUUGAAGAGCCACCACCGACAUGAAGGGUGAACCGAUGAAUCUGAAGGAGACAGAGCUCUGUCUCGGCCUGCCCGGCGGCGGCGGAGGAGGAGGAGGAGAGGGGGAGAGCUCUGCAAAGGCGGCGGGGAAUAAGAGAGGUUUCUCAGAGACAGUUGAUCUGAAACUCAAUCUUCAGACAAACAAGCAGGAAGGAGUUAUGGAUCUCACCAAUGCUUCCAAGGUCUCUAAGGAUCCUGCUAAGCCUCCUUCUAAGGCACAAGUGGUGGGUUGGCCUCCGGUGAGGAACUACAGGAAGAACGUGAUGGCUAAUCAGAAGAACAGUGCCAUGGAGGAGGAGGAGAAGGCGGCAGCAGCCUUCGUGAAGGUCUCCAUGGAUGGAGCUCCUUAUCUCAGGAAGGUCGACCUCAAGAUGCACAAAAGCUACCAAGAUCUCUCUGAUGCUUUGGCCAAAAUGUUCAGCUCCUUCACCAUGGGGAGCUAUGGAGCACAAGGGAUGAUAGAUUUCAUGAACGAGAGCAAAUUGAUGGAUCUGCUGAACAGUUCCGAGUAUGUGCCAACCUACGAAGACAAGGACGGUGACUGGAUGCUCGUGGGCGAUGUUCCUUGGCUAAUGUUUGUCGAAUCGUGCAAACGUUUGCGCAUUAUGAAAGGAUCUGAAGCCAUCGGACUUGCACCAAGAGCUAUGGAGAAGUGCAAGAACAGAUCUUGAAUCAACAAGAACUGUCGUGAUCAUCAGAUCAAUGAAGAAUACAAUAUGGGGUUUUAUUAUAAAGUUUUAUUUGUAUUUUUGUUGAUUUUAUGAGACCUUUUUUUUCCCUCUGUGUUUUGUAAUUUUAAUUAAGAUAGGUAUAGUAUUUUCACUAUAAGGAUGUGGACAAUUUGUAAUGUGGACAUAAGAGAGAAACUUACAGUCUCUGUGUUUGUGUCAUAUUUAUUGCCGAACAUGUGUGUGUCUGGUUGAUAUAAUGACCAAUCUUCGUACA